AUGUACCUCUGUACCAAUAUAGCGCGUUCGGCGCUGCUGGCGCGCCAGUGGGCGCGUUUUCGCCCGUUUUCGUCGUCGUCGUACGACAUCUUCAAGAAAAUCAAGGACAGCAGCGAGGGCGACAACGCCGCCGGGCAGCCGUCGGCCGCUGGCGGCCGCAAGCCUUCCGACCGGGUCAUCCGGCUGGUCGACGAGAUUCUUAACUUGACGCUGAUAGAAUCCGCCGACCUCUGUGACCUGUGCCAGGAGCGUUUGGCCGGUUCUAGCAUCAAUGCCGGCUUUUUGCCCGGGAGGACGCCGUUCCCGCAUCCGCAUACCUUCUUCUCAGCCGCGCCCACAGGGCAGCCUGCCGAGGCUGCUGCGCAGGCCGCCCCGGCGCCAGAGCCACCAUCGCAACCUCAGCAGCCAGCGAAGAAGAGCACGGGGACAUUGACGCUGACCGGGUUCGACUCGGCAAAGAAGAUCGCAGUCAUAAAAAUCGUGCGCACUGUGACCGGCCUGGGCCUCCGCGAAUCGAAGGAGCUCGUGGAGAGCCUGCCGCGGCAGCUUAAGAAGGACAUGGCCAUAGAGGACGUGGAGAAGCUGGCCAAGGAAAUCGAAGCCGCAGGCGGCACUGUGAAAAUCGACUGA